UCAGAUUGUAUGAACAGUACUUGCAACAGAAGCACGCUGGAUCACUUCAAGGCUCCCAAGUUCAGACACUGGGAAAGAAGGGUCGGUGUUGGUAGUCCGUCGGCCAGUCACAGCGACAUGAUUGUCAGUGUACGCCAUGGCCGCAUGUACUUUCCCCAUUAGGCCAGCAACCCCACAACUGUGCAUCACGUUCCCACACGCCUAUCUUUCCACAAGACUAGCCACUACCAGGGAUAUAUGAUAAGCUAGCAAUAGAGUUGGAAGUUUAGAUGGAGCACAUAAGAAGAGGGACUGCGGGGCCCCGUGGAGAGAAUUCAAAUUCAUAUCCACGCCCAUAACAAGCAUGGCUGAACAAUCGACAUAUCCACAAACAGGAGAGAACAAAGUUAACCGCUACAAACACCAAGCUACUUACGACGUCGACACUAUCCACGGCAUAGUAAACACCACGCCCGUCCUCCACGUCUCCUUCGUCCCAGACCCCAGCAUCCCAGCACCAAUCGUGCUCCCCAUGAUCGGCCAGAUAGGCCUCUACCCCAACGACUCAACAUGGAACUGCUAUCUACACGGCUACGUCUCCUCGCGCCUGAUGAACCUCGCCUCGGCCGCCAUCUCACGCGGCGAACCCGGCCUGCCCCUCUGCGUUGCCGCAACAAAAGUCGACGGCUUCGUCCUCUCGCUCACGCCCAAUAGCCACAACUACAACUACCGCAGCGCCGUGAUGCAUGGCUUCGCGUCGAUUGUCGAAGACGUCGACGAGAAGAUCUGGGCCAUGCGGCUGAUUACGAAUUCUGUCGUGCCGGAGCGCUAUGAGAAUACGCGGGUUCCGCCUGACGGGGCGGAAAUGCAGAGUACGCGGAUUUUGAAGAUGCGUAUUACUGGGGCGAGCGGGAAGGUGAGAGAGGGGGUGCCGGAGGAUGAGAGGAAGGAUCUAAAGAGGGAUGAUGUGCUAGAUUCUGUGUGGACUGGCGUUAUUCCGGUGUAUGAGAAGCUAGGCGAGCCUGUACCCGGGCCCUACAAUAGAGUGAAGAAGGUGCCAGAUCAUGUGGUUAGGUUCGUGAAGGAAGAAAACGCAAUAAGGGAAACGUAUGCUAGCGACGCGGCGAGGAAACCGGCGCCGCUUAAACGAGUGAAGAGGACUGAGGAGUAG